AAGUCAGGUUGCGUUUAGGGGCAUUAGGGUCUUUUCAGCGUUAUCUACCGUCAAGCCAUACAAUGACUGGUUUGAUGGCAACCACGUGACUGACGUCGCUUGUGGGACGACCCUAAGCAUUAAACCACGCCAUACGCUCCUCAAGUUUAUAACAAACAAGUGCAAAGGACGGGAACACGCUUACGCGAGUUGUACCUUCCGCAGUUCGACGCGACAUUGUUUUGUCCGAGGCUGUCACGAACGCAUCUCUUUCCUCUCGGCCGGUGCUUGCAAAAACAAAGUCCGGAAUUUUGACAACUUUCUGACGCGUAUGGGACAUGGUGAUGGACACGUCAACAUCCACGGACUCGGAGACGGCGUGCCGAGGGGCCAUCGAGGCCCUGUCGUUAAAGGUGGGCCCGGUGCGGAGGAACCUCUUCGGCCCCGUGGACCACCAGGAGCUGCGCCAGGACUUCCAGCGUCUCCUCCACUUGGGCGUGGACGCGGCCAACAAGCGGUGGAACUACGACUUCCGCAGCGACGUUCCGUUGCCGGGCUCCGACGUGCAGUGGGAGGAGCUUAAGUGCCAGGAUGUGCCGAGAUUUUACCGCAGCUGCACGGUGAGGCCGGCGGCGGCGAAGAGGCGCUUCUCGGCGUCGCCGGGCGACAGCUCCGCAGAGUCCAGCAGCUCUUCCGGAUCCGGGGACGAGUACCUGGAGGCGACCAUGAGGCAGCGCUGCAGGUUGCGGAAACGCAAACAGUUGACCAUCAUGGAUUUCUUCAAGGUGAAGAAGAGGAAGCUUCUACAUUACAAAGCCAUGACUCGGCAGUAGGAGCACCUCAGAUAUGUUUCAUAUCCAUGUACAUAUGUAGCAUCUGGCAACACAACUUUAUUAGCACAACAAAGCUACCAGUUUUAUUUUUAGUCCAACCACACGGUUCUAAAUGAUAUGUAUAUAUAUGUAUAUAUGUACAUUGUACAUACUGUUUUCUUCAGUUUUUUUAUACUGUGAAAUUGUAUUGUGUGCACUCUGACAGUCCCGCGCCGUGGAUAGUUUUUGUCAAGGCGGUGACCACACUCGUCACCUAUUUGUUAUGCUGAAAGUCCGAACUAUUCUUGGCCUCUGACGGUGCUAUGAGACAGGGGGUCAAAACCUCGCCCGGGGUUCAAAUUUGGCGGCAUGCUAGCGAUUAGCUCCAGGUUAAGGGUCAACGGUGGAGGGUCAGCGUAGUCAGCCACUAUCGUGCUGAUAACCAGGAUUAUUAUCUAUUUAUGUAUUCACAAUGCUAGCCCGUCCUCAAAAAUAAGACACAUAUAUUAUAUAUAUAUAUAUAUAUACAGUAUAUAUAUUGUAGAUUCCUAAAGUAGCCUUAAGCUUGACGCUCCUCUACUAUCACAUUCACUCCGCUUGCUGCGGCAACAACAAAACAAAACUCCAGACGUUCUUCUUGGUUUGUAUGGUUUACUUGUGAUCAUAAUAAUUCAAAACAUAAAACAGUCACGAUGCGGGAACAAAUGAAUGACAAAAUCAAGAGAGUUUGUUGCAGUACGAGUUAGAAAAAGUAUGAAUGAGGUCAAAAAAACUGUGUGGCUCUAAUCCACCGCACCUGACUGCCAUUACCCAUGACACCUUGCUUCCAAAAACCACUUUACCACACAGAUCCUUCCGCCAUACCUGUAUAUGCACUUAAAACAGUUACGUCAUCAAAUCAUUUUGACAAAUGUAAUAAUUACAACUAAAGUGAGCUUUAUAUAAUUACUCUAAGCUUUCAAUAUAUAAAUUUUCUUAUCAUGCAAAUAAAGUAAAUAGUCCCCUUUUGGCUGAAUAAACAUAAAGCACCUUCCAUAAAAUGUAAAUUAACUUAAACAGCAUUUAAGCUCCUACAUAUAUAUAUAUAUAUAAAUCUCCUGAUGAUUGAGGGAAACCCUCAUGAAACAGUUCUGUAGAGAUGAAGUAGUCCUGUGAUUUUUCCCACACAUACAUACAUAUUAUAUAUAUAUAAAUAUAUAUUAGGGAUGUGGGAAAAAAUAGAUUUGAAUUAAAUAAAUUCUCAAUUAAAAAUAAAAAAUUGAUUUUUUUUUUUAAAUCAAUCCAACAAACCACUACACAGCAAUACCAUAACAAUGCAAUCCAAUUCCAAAACCAAACCUGACCCAGCAACACUCAGAACUGCAAUAAACAGAGCAAUUGAGAGGAGACACAAACACGACACAGAACAAACCAAAAGUAGUGAAACAAAAAUGAAUAUUAUCAACAACAGUAUCAAUAUUAGUUAUAAUUUCAGCAUAGCAGUGAUUAAAAAUCCUUCAUUGACAUUAUCAUUAGACAUUUAUAAAAAUAAUAAAAAAGAACAAUAGUGUGACAGUGGCUUACACUUGCAUGGCAUCUCAUAAGCUUGACAACACACUGUGUCCAAUGUUUUCACAAAGAUAAAAUAAUUCAUGUUUUGGGUUCGUUUAAUAGUUAAAACAAAUUUACAUUAUUGCAAUCAGUUGAUAAAACAUUGUCCUUUACAAUUAUAAAAGCUUUUUUAUUUUUAAAAAUCUACUACUCUGCUUGCAUGUCAGCAGACUGGGGUAGAUCCUGCUGAAACCCUCAGUAUUGAAUGAACACAGAAUCGUUUUGAAUCGGAAAAAUAUCGUUUUUGAAACGAGAAUCGAAUCGAAAAAAAAAACCCGAUAUAUUAUCGAAUCGUGACACCAAGAAUCUAUAUUGAAUCGAAUCGUGGGACACCCAAAGAUUCGCAGCCCUAAUAUACAUAUAUAUAUAUAUAUAUACAUAUAUAUAUAAUAAAAAUAGACAAAAAUGUGAAAAACUGCAUGCACAGUUGGGGUGUUAAACUUGGCCCACUUAAUGAUUCGAGACGAUUCGGUUCAGAAUCAGUACUAAAUUCAACACGAUUCUUGUAAUGUGUUAUUUGGUAUAAUAAUUAGUUAAACUUUAAAAUAUAUAUAUUUUUUAAUAGUUUCUGGUUGCAUGAAUAUGGCCUAAAAAUGUAUUCAAAAAAUACAUUGUUAAAAAAAAUUAUAAUAAUAAAGAAAUGUUUGUAUUUAGAAAUAAUUUUAAAUCGAAAAUAGAUUGAAAAAAUAUGAAUACAUUUAGAAUCGGGAUGAAUAGGAAUCACGGUUCGUAUGUGAAUUGAUUUUUUUUGUGCAACCUCCAAAAAUUGCAUCGCCACAUCACAUUUCUAAUGUUAAAUAUUGCGGUUUCACCACGUGGCAUAGAAAACCUUUUUUUUUUCGCCCAACGACAACAUUUUCGCACUAAAUUAGGCAUGUUCAAACGUAACAUUUUUAAUUACAUCAAUACUACGGUAGAUUUUUGAAUCAGAGCACGCCAUUUAGUAUCGUGGCCACUGAUUGGCUCAGCAUUACUAUAUUGGAUUAAAAGAGUGUAAAAGGUGACUAAAGACUAAAGGGUGUCAUGUCAUGUCUAGAGGGUAGUUAACAAGUUAUUUAUAAAAAUAUUUGAUUUAUAAUUAAUGAUUUCACAGGAUUUCUUUUUUUAAUAGAUGAUUAACAUCGAUACAUAAGGGAUUAGUCUGUGGUUUGUACCUGCCAUGAGUUCGAUAUAAUUAAAAAAAACGUGUUUCCUACAUUUUAAUCUACAAACUAACACUAGAAGAAACCCCGCCCCCAGUUUGAGAGCCAUUAUGGUUUUAUGGACCCUCCACCGUUGCCACUGGCAAAUAUCUUUUGAACCUCACAACACAACUACACUCAUCAUUCACAUCAUUUUUUUAAAAACAUAUUUCAUUGUAUUUUGGCAGCAGAGCAGACACAUAUUUUCUUUUUUUUUACUUUUAGCUUUAUGCUUAUAAUAAUGUAUCAUUUUUCUGUCCUUACGUGACACGAAGCCCCCACAGGUCGUAGGAAGGGAAUGUUGCCGCUAAAGUGUUGCAGGCCUGUCAUCGCCCAACAAAUACGGCAUUUGAACCAAAAAGGAAACUCUUCUCACCAUAUGUGCAAAAGUACCGGGUGUGUUCCCCAAUACUUUUGUCCAAGUGGUGUGUGUUUAGUUAUUGGACCGACAGGGCAAAAAAGAACCUAUUUUGAUUUUAAAAUGUAUGUUUUCUUUAGGUUUAGUGUGACUUUUUAGCUACAAAUUACAUGUGUAAAAUGUUUUAUGGGUUAAAAAUCCAUAAUCUGGAUCAAGGGUCACCAACGGGGUCGCCCGCUGGCCUGUUCUAAAAAUAGCUCAAAUAGCAGCACUUACCAGUGAGCUGCCUCUAUUUUUUUAAAUUGUAUUUAUUUACUAGCAGGCUGGUCUCGCUUUGCUCGACAUUUUUAAUUCUAAGAGAGACAAAACUCAAAUGGAAUUUGAAAAUCCAAGAAAAUAUUUUAAAGACUUGGUCUUCACUUGUUUAAAUAAACUCAUUUUUUUUUUUUUACUUUGCUUCUUAUAACUUUCAGAAAGACAAUUUUAGAGAAAAAAUAUAACCUUAAAAAUUAUUUUAAAACGCAUAUACCUUUUUACCUUUUCAAUUCCUUCCUCUUCUUUCCUGACAAUUUAAAUCAAUGUUCAAGUAAUUUUUUCUUUAUUAUUGUAAAGAAUAAUAAACACAUUUUAAUUUAGUUCUUCAUUUUAGCUUGUUUUUUCGACGAAGAAUAUUUGUGAAAUAUUUCUUCAAACUUAUAAUGAUCAAAAUUCAAAAAAAUUAUUCUGGCAAAUCUAGAAAAUCUGUAGAAUCAAAUUUAAAUCUUAUUUCCAAGUCUUUUGAAUUUCUUUUAAAAUUUUUGUUCUGGAAAAUCUAGAAGAAAUAACGAUUUGUCUUUGUUAGAAAUAUAGCUUGGUCCAAUUUGUUAUGUAUUCUAACAAAGAGCAGAUUGGGUUUUAACCUAUUUAGAAUAUGUCAUCAAAAUUCUAAAAUGAAUCUUAAUCAGGAAAAAUUACUAAUGAUGUUCCAUAAAUUCUUUUUUUUUAUUUUUUCAAAAAGAUUUGAAUUUAGCUAGUUUGUCUCUUCAUUUUGAAUUUGAAAGAGUCGAAAUUGAAGAUAAACGAUGUUUCAAAAUUUAAUUUUAAUUUCUUUUCGUGUUUUCUCCUCUUUUAAACCGUUCAAUUAAGUGUUUUUUUCAUCAUUUAUUCUCUACAAAAAACCUUCCGUAAAAGGGAAAAAAAUGUACGACGGAAUGACAGACAAAAACACCCAUUUUUUAAUAUAUAUACAUUUAUUUAUUAAAGGUAAAUUGAGCAAAUUGGCUAUUUUUGGCAAUUUAUUUUAGUGUGUAUCAAACUGGUAGCCCUUCGCAUUAAUCAGUACCCAAGAAGUAGCUCUUGGUUUCAAAAAGGUUGGUGAUCCCUGAUCUGAAUUAAUCCAUUGCUUCUACCUCAUCAUUUCAGUAAAAUACACAAAAUAUCAAAAAAAAAAAAAAAAAAAAAAAAUCUAUAAAAAUUGUUGUAGCUCAGGUUGUUUGCAUUGGAAGUGUAAAGAGAGACUGGGAGAGUAACGCAAUGGGUUCAGGUAAAAGAGUCAGCGUGGGGCCCCGCUUAUCUUUGAGGGGCCCCUCUCUGCUUUUGUUUCCUGAAGCGGGGGAGGGGAUGUAAUUUUGUCUCAAACAUUAAACAUCGAGAGAAAACAUCUCAAACAAUAUGUAGUUUUGGAUUGUGUUGCCGCCCAGUCUCUCUUUGGCCCGGCAAGAAUCUCAUUUUCAUCACGGUUCUAUUAGGGUAUAUUUCAGCAAACAUGUAAUAUUUGUAUGUGUUUGGUCUACUUCUCUGUGUUGGUGUGACAAAACCUUUCUGUUAAAAGCAACAAAGAAGUCUAUAUUAAAUUAUUUGGAUUUGUUUAUGUCUUUUGCUUGUCGGGAUGUAAUUUUAAGAUCCCUUUUAUUAUUAGUCAUAGUCUGAGAAUUCUAUCUUUGCACUACUUCAACGUUGUUGACAAGAGGACUAUUUUUUAUGGUAAUCUUUAAAAAACUAAAAAUAUACAUCUGAGAUGUGAAUCAAGUCAUUUUCAUGCCAGCUUUGCUUAUCUAUUGCAUCUUAAGCUGCUUAAGUGUAUUUUUUUUGUAUUAUGCAUGAAUGUUUGAUAUGAAUCUUGUAUACAGUUUGUAAUAACUCUAUGGUUGUUGAAUAUCCUUACAAAACAGGAUCAUAUGUGUAUAGGACAUGAUAAAGAGAUUUUCAUUGCCGGGCUGUUUGCUGUGAUUUCAUUAAGUGUGUUGAAAAUAAUAAAAUAUUAUUGAUUGAUAAUGAUAUAAAUGA